UGUGCAGGUGAAGCCUUUAGCAGUAAAAUAAGGGAUAAGGAGUAGCUUCUCUGGGGACAGACAGAAUAGUCAACUUGCAGCCCCGGAGCUUCAGCAAAAAGGUUACUCACCAAGCAAGGUGGGUGGGGUUAGGUGUGUGCCACCUUGGGGAAGAUGGGAAACGGAACUAAGCUCAGGCUUUGUUAGGUUCAAGUCAGAUCUGCUUGCUGACUCAAUUUGAAGCCCACCUUUUGGGGUUGAGGGGUUACCUCAUCUGAGAAUAGGAGAGUGUAGGCCCACGGCUAACGUGGGGGUAGGAGGAAUCCUCAUCUGAGGACAGAAAUGGAAGCCCAAAGCUUCCGGAGGGAAUCUGGGGGGAACGACCCUGAGCAACAAGUUGUGAUCAGACCUCUUCGCUGAUGCUAGCAGAGAUAAGAGCAGAGCACCUGGCGAGCCCCACAGGAUGCGCCUCCCUCCAGCUUCAUGCCUUCGCCUAGCGCUUUCCAGAGAACACGUGACUGCAUUUCCUUCCCCCGCUUUGGGAAGCCCUGCUCACCGCACUACUACCCUGUACAUCUGGGUUCUUAGAUGGAUGAAGAAGGUGAAGAAAUCCAGCCCCAAGAGCAGAGCUGCUGGGCCACUCUGCCAGAUGUGUGCCUGCGACGUAUCUUCUGGUGGCUGGGAGACAGGGACAGGUCCAGAGCAGCCCUGGUCUGCAGGAAGUGGAACCAGAUAAUGUACUCAGCUGACCUCUGGCGAUACAGGACCAUCACGUUCAGCGGGAGGCCAUCUAGGGUACACGCAUCCGAGUUUGAGUCAGCGCUCUGGUACGUUAAGAAAUUCGGCCGCUACCUGGAACACUUGGAAAUCAAGUUCCUGAACCCUUACAAUGCCGUCUUGACCAAGAAGUUCCAGGUCACCAUGCGAGGCCUCCUGUCAUGCCUCGGCAAGAGUAACAACCGUCUGAAGUCGCUCUCUAUCCAGCACCUGGAGCUGGACCGGAUGGUCUGGAGAAACAGCAUCAGAGGCUCGCUCAUCAAGAGCCUGAGUUUUUUCUUAAAAAAAAUGGGCAAACACCUGGACCAUCUUAGUUUGAAGGGAGCCCGGCUGACUGUGGAGCAAGGCUGCCACAUUCUCAACUCUCUGAGCUACCUUCGGAAUGAGAACUUGGCCUCAGAGCUGAACAUCGAGGACUUCUUCAGCCACCACCUGGCCGUCUACGGCAGCUCCCAGUUCAACAAGGCCAUGGCCACGUUCCACAACCUGACUUUCCUAACCCUCAACUACAACUGUAUCUCCGACGAGCUGCUCGAGACCCUGAGUGAGAACAACGCUGGCACCCUCCGGACCAUGAACAUCAAAUGCCACGUUCACGACCCCCAUGGCCAGGUGGUCUGGGGCAUGUCCUGGGCCAAACUGGCCAGGGAGGCCAGCAACCUGAAGGUGAACUUCUUCUUUGAGCGAGUCAUGAAGUAUGAGCGCCUGGCCCGGAUCUUGCUGCAGGAGAUUCCGGUCAGGAGCAUCAGCCUAAGAAGCUGCUAUUUCAGUGACCCAGACUGGUCCAUGCGGCCCACUCUGACGGAUCUCCUGCCUACCUUCCGGAACACACUGCAGAAGCUAACAUUCGAGUUCAACAACAACCACGAGUCGCUCGACGAGCAGCUGCAUCUCCUCAUCCUGGCCUGUCGAAAACUGUUUUACUUCAAAAUCUGGGCCUUCCUGGAUGUUACGUUUGUGGAGCGGAUCCUGAAGAGCCAGGAGGAGAGGCAGUGCUCCCUGCGUACACUAAAGGUGAGAAUUUAUACAAACCGAUAUGAGACAAAUGAAGAGGACAGGACCCUACGGGAAAUUUACAGGAAAUACAGAAAGCUGAUCGAUUCAGAACUUAACUAUUUUGUCAUCGCCUACCCCAUGAUGUAAAGAGCGCUCUCCAGAGGAAGACAUCUAGACGCACUUUAACCUGAAAACGCGGUUCUCAGGGAAUUACAUUUGGGACUCCCAUGCCCUCAUCCCUUUUUCUUCUCUCCUUCUUUGUCAGUUCCACACCCUCAUGAACAGCCUGGCAAAGGCUGGACUGCUGGUGAUGGCAAGGACCCAAGCGUCUUUAAAGUGCUAUCUUUACCACCAAUCCUGGCUGAUUGCUUUUUGUCAUUUGGUGUAGUUUUUGGUUUGGUUUGGUUUGGUUUGGUUUGGUUGGUUUUAGACAUUUCCACUUAGCCACAGUUUUCUGCUAAGGGAGUCUGACUCCUGCUUUCCGGAGUAGGUGUGGCCAGCCAGUGCACCAACCUUCUACCAGCCAACUUUACCCAUUUGGAAAUACUUUGUAGCCAGGCAGUGGUGAUGCAUGCCUUUAAUCUUAACACUUGGGAGGCAGAGGCAGGUGAAUUUCUGAGUUCAAGGCCAGCCUGGUCUACACAGUGAGUCCCAGGACAGCCAGGGCUACAUAGAGAAACCCUCAAAAAACAAAAUAACAACAAGAAAUGCUUUGAAUCCUGGCUGAUCUUCAUGUCAGAGCCUCCUGACCUUGAGGUUGUCUGGGCCUGAUCACACACAAAUAGAACCCACUAGUAUGUCCAUGGAUGAUGCAGGCCCAUUCUUCCUUAAGACAGAACUUCUCACGGAAGGAACUCAGAUGCCGGGUUAUCAGCCCUGUGAAAGAAUCCUGCCUCGCCUUGACCUGUGUCUCCUUUUAGUUGCAAAGACAGACUAGAAGUGGUGGUUACACCCACGUUCAUAAUGAAUCUGUAAUGCAGUGUGCCCUAAUGCUAUGCUAAGAUGGGAGAAAACACAAAUCUCUAUAUUUAGAAUUAUAUCUAUCAUAUAAAACACAUCUAAAGACUUCUUUUAAAUCUGUAAGAGAUGUAACAAAGACUUAUUGGGAGUAGAAUUUUGUUGGGUAUUUUUUGUCUUUUUUGUUUUCCUUUAUUUUUCAACUUUUCUACAAUGAUGAUGCCAUUUUUGGUUUUUGGUUUUUGUUUGUUUGGUUGGUUUCUCUGCAGCUUUAGAG